AUGUCGAUCACGCAUAUCCUCGCUUUCCCUCACCAGCAUGCAGACCUUCUAGGUGCAAUGUACGACAUGAAUGUCCGAUCCAAGACGCGUUCUCAGCUCCGCAUCUUUCUCUCUGCUGCUGCGGCCGUGGUCCGUGAACAUGUUGAUAGCCUGGACGGCCCCGAACGUGCAAGGGUUGGUUCAUUUGAGGAUCUUGUGGACCUCGCGGAGCGAUUCGCCAAGCAAGAUCACCCCAGUGCGGUCGCUGAAAUAGUUCUCUUCACCAUAGUUCAAAUGGGCCAGUUGCUGAUCCUUGCAGAAGACAAUUCGUCCAUCCUGUCUGGUACAACCGGUGACGUGGUUCUCCCUGUUGGAUUUGGUAUUGGAUUGAUCGCUGCCUCCAUUGCUGCCACGGUGACCAGCACCGACGCUAUAAUAGCUCUAGGGUUGCAAGGCAUAGGGAUCGCCGUCCGUCUAGCCAUCGCCUUAGAGCGGACGGGGAGGGCUAUUCAAGACUCAAACGGCAUAUGGGCCCGUGCCGUCCCCGGCAUCAGCCAGAGGGGCCUAGAGCAGGAACUGGAAAUUGUCAAUAGUACGCUAGGACCACUCCACCAGGCGUAUGUUGGUCAGGUCUUACCUGGGAGCGUGGUCGUGUUCGGACCACCUUCCACCUUGGACACACUAACGCAGGGACCCGACCUCGCUUCAGUGGUGACAAUGCCGGAUACGCUCUGCCGGUGUCCGAUGUACGGCUCACAUCUGCCACCCCUCGACGUCGGCCAGGUAGUUGGUGUCUCGGGGCUCCUCGAAUUAUACCAAGUGAAAAGGCCUCUAUACUCCGCCCACUCUUCUACUGGCUCACUUCCUGCCAGCACCCUAACAGAGCUGUUGCGCCGUGUGGUAGUCGAGAUCGCACACAAGCCCAUGCAUAUCGAGAAGACAGUUAGCACCUUAGCGGCCGCUAUUGAGGCCUCUACUAAGGACGACGCGGUCCUGACAACAGUUGGCUCAACUUGGGAUGCAUCUACCAUGCAGGACCUCCUCCUGCAACAUGGACAAACCGUCUCCCUCGGCGAAUUCCCAUCCUGCCCAGCGCCCUUUGGCAGCAAUCUCGACAGCAUCCCACCAGACGCAAUCGCUGUUGUUGGCAUGUCUGGACGCUUCCCUGAGAGCGACACGCUGGACGAGUUCUGGCGCCUCCUGGAAACAGGAACAACCACGCAUCAGGAGAUUCCCUGCUCGCGGUUCUCCGUGGACGACUUUUACGACCCCUCUCGCUCCAAGCACAAUGCUCUGCUCGCACGCCACGGGUGCUUCAUCAAAAAGCCGGGCGACUUUGACCACCGUCUGUUCAAUAUCUCGCCACGCKAAGCCUUGCAAAUGGACCCUGUGCAACGCAUGCUACUCAUGACCACAUACGAAGCAUUGGAGAUGGCCGGCUACGCACCUGCCAGCGCUGCGGAGCACAAGCAGUCCCCGCCGAGGAUCGCCACCUACUUUGGCCAGACGACAGACGACUGGAAGACGAUCAAUGAACAGCAGGGCAUUGAUACGCACUUCCUGCCAGGUGUCAACCGCGGCUUCGCGCCCGGCCGCUUGUCGCAUUAUUUCCAGUGGGCUGGCGGUUUCUACGCUAUUGAUACCGGGUGUUCCUCGAGCGCCACCGCCGUCUGCCUUGCCCGCGACGCCCUCGCGGCCGGUAAAUACGAUGCGGCGGUUGUUGGUGGGGGCACCCUGCUGACUGCACCCGAGUGGUUCGCCGGUCUGAGCCAGGGCGGCUUUCUAUCGCCCACGGGUGCUUGCAAGACUUACUCCGAUCGUGCUGACGGGUACUGCCGCGGCGAGGCCGUCGCCGUUGUCGUGCUUAAACGUCUGUCCGAUGCCAUCCGGAACAAGGAUAAUGUUCUCACUGUCAUCGCUGGUGCGUCUCGCAACUGUAAUGCUGGCGCAGGGUCUAUCACGUACCCGGGCGAGGAAGCACAAGCGGCCCUGUACCGUCGCGUGCUCCGACAGGCGGCGGUGCACCCGCAUGAGGUCAACGUCAUUGAAAUGCACGGCACUGGAACGCAGGCGGGUGACCGUGUGGAGAUGCGCGCCGUGCGAAGCGUCUUUGCGUCCAAAGAGGGACCUCGACGCCCUCAGCCUCUUAUCGCCGGCGCGGUCAAGGCGGCUAUCGGGCAUAGCGAGGCUGCAGCAGGGGUGGUAUCCCUCAUAAAAGCAAUCCUGAUCCUCCAGCGGAACUCCAUUCCCCCGCAACCGGACCAGCCUUUUACGCUGAACCCGCAUCUGGUUCCCCUGUUAGGGAGUGAGAUCGAGCUCGCGAAUGGCCAGUCAUGGCCUCCCAAUGGAACGACUCCUCGUUAUGUCUUCGUCAACAAUUUCGAUGCUGCGGGGGGCAAUGUGAGCAUGAUCAUCCACGAUCCCCCAUCCUUCGCCCUGCCGGCGCCCCCAGCGGUGGACGAUCGGCAGUUUCAUGUUGUGGCCACGUCCGGUCGCACGGAAACAGCACUUGAGGCAAAUAAGAGCCGCCUACAGCAGUACCUCACACAGCAUCCCGACACGCGACUAUCCGACCUGGCUUAUACCACCACUGCGCGGCGAAUGCAUCAUAUUCACAGAGAAGCCUUCGUGGUAACCUCCACAGCGGAGCUCCUUCGGCAACUGGAACGUCCGGCAGUAGCGAAUAACAAGUCAGCACAGUCGACGCCUGUAUCGUCGGUGGUCUUUGCUUUCACGGGCCAGGGCAGCCAGUACGUAGGCAUGGGUGGCACGUUGUACCGCACGUCACCCACCAUCCGGGCCCUGCUGGACUCAUACCAGGCCCUCUGCAGGGCGCAAAACCUGGAUUGCCAGUUCCUUGAUGCGAUUAACGGAUCCUCUUCCCUGGGCGCUGUGCCUAGUGAGCGCGAUAUGCAGGUAGCUACCGUCGCGCUCGAGAUCGCCCUCGCUCAGUAUUGGCAGUCGCUGGGACUCCGUCCGACGCUGCUGAUCGGACACAGUCUGGGCGAGUACGCAGCGCUCUGCAUCGCUGGUGUGUUAUCUGUGGCUGACGCCCUGGCCCUGGCCCACGAGCGUGCGACGCUCAUCUUCUCCCGAUGCACCCCAGCUGAGUCGGGCAUGCUGGCAGUCGGUCUUCCAGUGCGCACCAUCCGAGGGCGGUUGCAGGAUUCCGCAGCAACAGCCGGAUGCGAAGUCUGCUGUGUCAACGGUCCAUCUAGUACCGUCGUCGGCGGUCCGAUCGCUGCCAUCGAGGCGUUCGAGGAUUACCUCAAGUCGGACGAGAGCAAUGGCAAGGUGGCCACGACUCGCCUGCGCGUUCCGCACGCAUUCCACACUCAAUACAUGGACCCUGUGCUCGAUGAUCUUGAAACCAGCGCAGCCAGGGUAUGCUUCCGUCCGCCCACAGUCGCUGUGGCAUCGACACUGCUCGGCCGGGUCGUACAGCCGGGCGAGGAUGGCGUCUUCAACGCGCAGUACAUGCGACGGCACACCCGUGAGCCAGUCGUAUUCAUGGAUGCUGUACGUGCCUGUGAAACGGCAGGGCUCAUCCAGGAACAGUCCUUUGUUGUCGAGAUUGGACCCCACCCCACGUGUGUUGCUCUGAUGACAGCUUGCCUUGAGCGAGUGAGCGUGAAUGCGAAUCAUAGUCUACGCCGCGGGCGCGACGACUGGGAGUCUGUUUCAGAGUGUCUGGCCGCUGCAUAUCGGGCACAGAUUCCUGUCGAUUGGACAGAGUUCCAUAAGGAUCACCUUGACAACCUGCGCUUGCUGCCUGGACUGCCGACGUACGCGUUCGACAUGAAGAGCUUUUGGCACUCGUAUGAGACCAAGAAACCUCAGGAUGUCCCUGACGUUGCCGGUCGAGAGAAUUUACGACUUUUGUCUACAUCCUUGCAUUCGGUCCUGCAACUGCGGAAGGAAGAAAGCCGGCUGCUUGCGACGUUUGCGGUGGACCUGACCGACCCACAGCUCGCAAAGGCCAUCGGCGGCCACAUCGUGGACGGUGUGGCCAUCUGUCCAGCCAGCAUCUUUAUUGACAUGGCGUACACAGCCGCGGCAUACCUCGCAAGAGAGACCCGCAACGGCGCUGUUCCACAAGCGUCACUCACCACCUACGAACUGGCUGACCUGCGCAUGCAAUCUCCUCUGGUUCUUCGCGACUCAGAUCCCGAUGUACCGCGCGUUGAGGUGGAAUCGGUCCUUGACAAGUCCAAAGAUAUCGUCAGCGUCCGCUUCUUGGCCCGUCAGGAGGCGUCGUCCGUGGAGUACGGAUCCUGCGUGGUUCGGCUGUCCCAAUUAGCCACGCCGCACAUGCAGACGUGGUCCCGGAUGCAGCCCUUGGUGAAGGCGCGCGUUCAGAGUCUGCAGGACGCAGCCCGGCCAAGGGAGGUCCACACAAUGGACCGCCGGCUAUUCUACAAGAUCUUCUCCGAGAUUGUCGAUUACUCGGCGCCCUACCACGCAGUGGAGGAGGCCACAGUGGCAGCCGAUUUUCGCGAUGCGUCCAUCAUCCUCUUACCAACACCAGCCGGGGAGUUGGGCAACUUUGCCUGCAACCCCGUCGCCGUGGACGCCAUGAUUCAUGUCGCUGGCUUCUUGCUUAACGCGGACGUGAAAAAGCCGAAGAACGACGUUCACAUUGCCAAUCACAUCGGUUCAUUGCGUGUCCUCGGCGAUCUCUCGUCAAACAAGCCGUAUAUGGCGUACGCCACCAUUCGACAGCAGGAUGCAAAAACCGGAACCAGCCUGUGCGAUGUCUAUGUCGUUGAUAAAGAAGACCAUCUUGUGGCGCUCUGUACAGAUAUCUGCUUCAAAAAGCUUGAUCGCGACUUUUUUGCCUUGCUGACAGGGUCUACUCGCGCGCUGCCAGCCAAACCACGCCCCACCACGAGUACUAAACGCAUCUCGCAAGCACAGUUGAGACGAGCACCGGACUCUACUAAUUCUUCAGGAAUAUCCACGCCCACUUCAUCAGUGUCUCUGACGUCGUCCCAAAGCAGCCUUUCAGACGCCGUUAAUCUCACAGCGGAGCUCUUCAAAGUGGUGGCGACAAGAAGCGGCAUCAGCGUUGCCGAAUUGAAAGAGUCAACGGGCAUGACUACAACAUUCUCGGACAUGGGCGUCGACUCGCAGAUGAGCAUCGCCAUCCUGGCUGAUUUCCAAAAGGCCACAGGGGUGGAACUGCCGGCGGCGUUCUUCACUACUUUCCCCACUCCGGCCGCCGUGGAGAAGGAGCUGGCCAGUUCGCAACCGCUGGCAGAUCUGUCUGAGCCAGCGCGUGAACAUAUCAUUCUCAUGGAGCGAGGUAAGGAUUUGCGCGAGAACGCUCACAGCAAAAUGGGCCCAGCGCCCAGCCAGCUGCUCUUUGCAUUGGUAGCCCAUGAGCUUGGCCUGGAAGCUCGCGACUUUACGCCCUCGACCACCUUUGAGUCCAUCGGCAUGGACUCGAUGCUUAGUAUUAAGAUCACGGCUGCGUUCCAACACAAGACGCAGAUCGAGCUGCCAGCCGCCUUCUUCACCGAUCACCGAACAGUAGCCGACGCCCAGGAGGCCUUGGACGGACCAUUAGAAAUGCAGGAGCCGACUGCAAAAGAGCUGCCACUGAGCCAGCCUCUGGUAAUUCCAGCGGUGGACACAAACCCAACAGAGGGCAACUCCUCCCGGCAGCAUAAGAUUGACAGCGCGGCGUCCCGGGCAGUCCUGAUCCAAGGCCAGUCCCGCUCGCGCGCUGCCCCAUUAUUCCUCACCACCGACGGCUCCGGCACAGUCGAGUCCUACAUUCACCUCAAGCCCCUCCCCGCUGGCCGACGCAUCUACGCGCUCGAGUCGCCCUUCCUCAACUCCCCCGAAGACUUCGACCUCUCCAUCCCCGAAAUGGUCACCAUCUUCCUUCGCACCAUCCGCCGCAUCCAACCCCAUGGCCCAUACCUCAUCGGUGGCUGGUCCGCAGGCUCAAUGUAUGCGUACGAAGUCGCACACCGCCUCACAAUGGCAGGAGAGACCAUCUCCGCGCUGAUCAUCCUCGACAUGCGGCCCCCCUCUCUCACACCCGCCGCCAUUGUCACCGAGGACUUUGUCGAGAAACUCGGCACCUUUGAGGGGAUGAACCGUGCCCGCGAUCUGCCCGAGGAUCUGACAGUGAAGGAACGGACGCAUCUUCUGGCGACCUGCCGCGCGCUGUCGCGGUACGACGCGCCGGCGUUCCCUGUCGACCGGCAACCGCGGCACGUCGCCGUCGUCUGGGCGCGUCUCGGCCUCGACAAACGGGCGGACGCACCCGUUGCCGCCAUGGGCCGUCCCGGAUUGGAUAUCGGGAAGUCCCCGGAUGAGAUGAACCUGCAGGAGUUUGAGCGGUACUUUAAAUCGUGGUUCUAUGGGAAGAGACUGCAGUUUGGGACCAACGGGUGGGAGACGCUGCUUGGGGAACAUAUCGAGGUACAUACUGUUGAUGGAGAUCACUUCUCUAUGAUGGCUCCGCCGUUCUCGGAGGCAGUUGGGGGGAUUGUUGUCGAUACUGUAACGCGGGCUGCGGCUGAGAGUGGGGUGUAA